AUGGUCAACAAACUCGACCUCGAAGCCUUCCACCACGACCGCUCCCGGUGGCGCCGCUCACUCCUUUUCCCCUCCUGGCUCCUCCAGAUCCUCAUCCUCCUCUGCCUCAUGGGUGUGUUCGCCUACCGACUCGCAGAAACGUUCGAGCAUUACUCGGCCGAGAAAAAGAACGGUUCCAUUCCCAUGGUAGAAGUAGUAUGGGAAGCAACAAACAUCCUCUUCAACCUCCUCUCCCUCCUCCUCACAAUCCACGAACUGGCGCGCUUCAUCACCUCCCGCCUCACCCCCUUCCUCCUCCUCUCCACCAACCUCGUCAAACUUGUGCUCUCGCUUGCCGUGUUGGGUCUCGAUGUUGUAGCCCAUUUGCGACAGCUAGAUGGGCAUUACCCCACCAUCGGGCUCAGUCUUGACUGUGGUCUUCUUGCUGCUUCGUUGUCUUCGUUUGCGUACGCGGUCCUCAAGCACAGGGAGUCGAGAAAAUACGAACAAUAUCACCUCACUGACGAGGUUAAGCGUGCGGAACCGGGGAUUUUUAUGGCUGGAGCCGCGGGGGGGGGGAGGAUCACAGGGAUUGUCAAGCCUUAUGACCGGGAUAGUGCUAGUUACAGGUAUGAUUACGCCAGGACGGUGGAGAGUGAGGAUCGUCGUGUCAGUUGGGGGGAGGGGGGCAAGGAGGAAACCGGUCACCUCAGUUCUGAACAACACGGCUCGGUGGCGUCAGGCAGGACGGGUGUCACAGUCAGAGAGAUCUCGCCCAGUGGGACCGGGUUGAAGAGGGAGAUUGACAGGGCGCCGAGCGGGGAGCUUGGUUGGGCUGCUGGCGGGCAGGUAGGGAGUGGUGUCAGUCCGAGCAGCAGCAUGACCGGGCGAAGUGGCAGCGUGGUGCGCAACGCGGGGGUGGUGCACAUGACUGUGCCGGAGAUUCAUGUUUCUAGGCAGCAGAGUUGGAGGAUGGAGGUGAUUGCUGAGGAGGGGGAGGAUGCAGGGAGGACGAGGGAGGGGGGAUAA